AUGGCCGAUAUUUUGCCAAAGAAAAACGAAGAGUACGGCACGAAGGAGUACUGGGACCAGCGGUAUACACAGGAGUCCGAGGAUGCCUCAUUCGACUGGUUCAAGUCAUAUAGCGACAUCGCGGACAUCAUGCGCGAGCUCAUCCCCGAGAAAUCGGCAAGGAUCCUGAUGCUCGGAUGCGGCAACUCGACCUUGUCGCAGGAUAUGUACGAUGACGAGUACAAGAACAUUGUGAACACCGAUUACUCCGGGAUCCUCAUAGAGAAAAUGCGUCACAAGAACGCGCAGGACCGACCAGAGAUGGAAUGGCACGAAAUGGACAUCCGUGACCUAAAAUUUGACGACGAUACUUUCGACGUAGCUAUCGACAAAGGGACUAUGGACGCUAUGAUGACUGCGAAAGCAGACGUAUGGGAUCCACCGGAAGAGGUCGUGCAGAACUGCAACCGCGAGGUCGACGAAGUCCUCAGAGUCCUCCGCAAAGGCGGCAUCUUCGUCUACCUCACCUUCGGCCAGCCGCACUUCCGGCGCAGGUACCUCGACCGCCCUGGCACGACACUUGAAAUCCGUAAACUGGGCGAGGCCUUCCAUUACUACCUGUACAUUGUCAGAACAUGA